ACAACAACCGCCAACAUCACCAGCAAUCCCGGAUCUGAGUCCUCCGUGCCUUCCGUUCAAGCAGUACUAACGUACCGAGAUUGUGACCAGGGCCCCGUCUCCAUGACCCGGCAGCGGUGUCGCCGCCCGGCAAGGCCAGAUGGCGCCAGCCUCUCUACCGACGGAACCUUGGAUGCGCCGGCCUUCAAAUAUAGACUCUCGCACCCGCCGCCACCGCUUGAUUGUGGGAUCCGCCCCUUUCCUCGAUAGGCAGUUGACUGCGUCCAUCAACUUUGGCCGCCCCUCCCCCAGCUAGAGGGCUAGGCUGCAACGCUCAUCUGUUUGGUGCAACGUUGGCAACACUCUAUCUGGACUUCAGCUGUUCCCACCAGGGUCCCUCCCUCCACGGUUCAUGUACCAAUCAGCGGGCGAUGGUUCCUGCUGCGGCACCACGAAGAAGCAGCAUAAUGAAAGCUCCGAGAGGGGCACCACCCGCUUGGGGGGGCUGUGCGUCGUCGAGUGCCGGGAUGGACGUCGCGCGGAUCACGAGCCGCACCCCGCACCCGGCGCACAGUCGACGCCAUGCCGGGUCUCCCACGCGAAGUGUGUGCACAUUCGUCCUUGAUCAUGGCAGAGCCCUGCUGGCCCCUUGCGCACACGACACGACUGGCGCCUGGUAGGCAGGCAUUGCAUCGCAUGGCAAGCCGCUUACGCGAGCUGGACCUGCGCCCUCGGUCGCUCAAGAUGGCAUCCACGGCAGUACUACCUGCCACGACUAGAAGCGAAGCUGCGGCUUAAGCGCUCAACUACUAAGUACAUGUCCCUCCUGUGCUCCUCCCCCACCUGAUAAGCGAUGAUCGGAUGCCAAGUGCUCCUGAACUGGGAGGUGCCACGCUGCUCUACAAAGCCACCGAGGCUCAGCGUGUUGGCACCUUCUCCCAUGAUGGAUGGCGUCAAACGCGGACCCUCCCCUCUAGUAGCGUCCCGUCAUGUCUCGCCCGCCAAAGCCAAAUCUCGAGUUCCUGCCUGCCUAUCUCUUGCCAAUCUCCAUUGAAAAGCUUGUCCCUGUCUUUUCUGCCUUGUUCCGUCCUUCCCGAUGAGGCGGAGGGGCCGAGCAGUAGCAGUCGUGGCGGACGCCUGGCAGGCCCCAAUUAGGUCCAGCUCCGUAGACCGCCGCGUGGUAUAAAGCUUCUCCUCCCGCUUCUCCUCACAAUGCUGUGCCGGUGCCUGGUAGCUCAGUCUAUUCUUUACUGCUGCUGCUGAUACUGUCACUGUAUUUGCUGUUGUGAUUCGGCCCAUCGUUAUCAUCAUGAAGAUCCAGAGCGCCCUCUCUCUGGCUGCCUUUGGCCUGACCGCCAGGGGCUGCAUCCUUCCGGGAGAAGAGGACGGUACCUUUGUUUACGAAAAGUACGCAGCCCGAAGAGCCGGGCUCCGUCAACGCCAAUCCUUCACAGUGCUGCCCAUCGGCCAAGGCGACCGCUUCGACGGAGGUAGCAAGGCACCCAUCGGCCUCGGCGUCAACGACCGCAACCUCGUCUCCAUUCUCAAUGUCGACGAAGUCAAGACGGGUCUGCAGGGCCUCGCGGGCAGGUUCAACGAUGUGAAACUCUUCACGGCACCCUACAAGACGUUUGAGAAGCGCGAGCUACAUGGCGCCACCAUUGGCACCGGGAAUCCCCGCGUCUUCAUCCAGAGUGGCAUCCACGCCCGCGAGCGAGGAGGUCCAGACAAUGUGCUCUACUUCAUCGCGGACCUGCUCGAGGCACGAGCUAACGGGACCGGAAUCGCGUACGGCCCCCAAAAGUACACGCCAGAGCAAGUCAAGACGGCGCUCUCGGCGGGCAUCGUCGUCGUGCCUCUCGUCAACCCCGACGGUGUCGCCCACGAUCAGGGCACGAGCACUUGCUGGCGCAAGAACCGCAAUACGGCCAGCUCCGACGGCAGCCCGGACUCGGUGGGCAUCGACCUGAACCGCAACUUUGCCGUCAUGUGGGACUACAAGCGCAUCUUCAACCCGAAAGCCGAAAUCGGCGGCGCGGCGUCGGACGACCCGAGCAGCGAAGUGUUUCACGGCAAGGGCCCGCUGUCGGAGCCGGAGACACAGAACGUGGCCUGGGUGCUGGAGCAGAAUAAGGACCUCUCGUGGUUCCUGGACCUGCACUCGUUUGGCGGCGACAUUCUGUACGCCUGGGGCGACGACGACGCGCAGACGACGGACCCGGCGCAGAGCUUCACCAACCGGACGUACGACGGGAAGCGCGGCUUCAUCGGCCAGGACCCCCCCGACAGCGUCUACCGCGAGUACAUGGAGAAGGAGGACCUGGACGCCCAGCUGGCCCUGACAAGGCGCAUGGGCGAGGGCAUGAACCGCGCGGGCUCCAUUCGCUACGUCCCCAAGCCCAGCUCGAGCCUGUACCCGACGGCCGGCGGCAGCACCGACCACGCCCUGGGCCAGUACUACAAUGGCACGUGCGGCGCCUCGCGCGUCCACGGCCUGACGAUUGAGUUUGGCAACCAGACGCCCGCGGACUGCCCCUUUUACCCGGACAAUACGCGCUACCACGAGAGCAUGCGUCAGGUCGCCGUCGGCCUCAUGGAGCUGCUGCUCACGGCGGCGGGCAAGGAUGGCGAGAAGAAGGUGCGCCAGUGCUGAUGCUGAUGAUGUUGAUGAUGACGGAGAGGAAAAGGAGUGACGACUGCGACGACUUGUUGAUGAACAUUGGGGCGGUGUUGACGAAGCCGGGUUGCGCCCACCCCGCCCGUUGGUCCCUAGAAGACGGCAACCAUUCUUGUACUUAGU